AUGUUCCAGUCCUUCACUGGCAGCUCUCGUCGUCCACGGCAGGUGAACCUCAGUGGUCGCUCCAACAAUCCUUUCGCAGCAUUCCCCGGCGGCUCGCCGGCACGACCGACCCCUCAUGCAUCGAAUCCUCAAAGCGCCGUCGCCAUUGCACAGCAAGAGCGUAUGCAACGGCAGCGGGAGAGAGAGAAACAGAAUGCGUCUCGUGUGAUCCAGAGAACCUGGCGGGGCUACCGCAGCAAGUCAGGGACUCAUCAGCUAUGGAGAUCUGAAUGGGAUAACAAUGAGCGGCAAAUGACGGAUGCUGUGGACCUGGCCGUCAGUGUUGAAACUUCCGCCGAUGAUGCGGCCUUUUCGUCCCGUCGCUCGAUUCCAUACGCUACGGGGGACCAAUGCCUGUCUCAGCUGAGGCUGCUGGUCCAAUUUGUGUCAUCCCGGAAGCGUGAUGACAUCUUACGCCUGGUGUACUUUGUCGAUGCCUUCGAGCAGACGUUCAGGACACUUCCCACGAUCGCCGCAGAGGGGGAGUGGACAAAGCUGCUCAAACGCUUGGCGAUGGCGGUUCUCAGAGUCCUGAGCUCGGCAUCAAAACCCCACGUUCCAAUAUCUGCGAUCGAACCUUUGAUUCGAUCGGUGAUAUUCCUGUCAGGCUUAAUACCGAAACAAAUGGCAAACAUUGCACGUGCUUACUACGAGACGAUGGCAUACCUGACCAAGAACCUGUCUAAUUUGCACCUUCAGCGACAACAAACAGACUCUGAUCAGAAACAUGAAGGCGUUGAUCCCGAACUUCUCCAGGAGGCGAUCCUCGCUCUCUUACGCCCAAUCACUUCGGAGACAAUGUCCGUGUAUGAAUCAUUCGCGACCUCAUACCUCACUAUCCAAGACCUCGGGAUUUAUCUAGGUGGGUUGGAUGGGUUGGCUAGUCAGAUAAAUUACAGGAUGCUAGCCUUGGCUGUCUCGGCAUGCCUUGCAGAAACUACUCCAACACCUCGCGCUCUGAACGAUACAAAAUCCCGCAUCUGGUUGCUGUCCUAUCUCAUCUUUUUCCAACGACAUGCCCUUGGCACGCAUGCCAAUACCCAUACUCCAGAGCUGGAAUUUGUGACCGUAGUGUCGGAAUUGCUCACCUCAACAGCCACUUUCCUAAUGCAGGGCCUGGAAGUCGAAGACCCGAGUGAAGUGGAUUUGCCUAAAGGGGUCCGUCCUUUACAUCCAUUCAUAAAGGAGCAGGUGAGCAGUCUUGUCAACCAAAGCAGCGUUACUGGGCUUCUAUCCCGCAUUCGCUCCCCUCGUCAGUCGCAAACGGGGUUGAUAACCCCAUCGGACGAGUCAAAGAAGGCACGAGUGCUUGCCACAUAUGCCUUGAACCUGCUCAGAAUAUUCCCACGGCGCGGUGAUGAUAUUCGAAUGUGGUUAUACCUGGGCUCUGCCCCUUCCGGAGAGCAAGUGCCGGGCCAGCUGGAUGCAAAGAUUCCUGCCAUAAAAUACUUCUGGCAGGCCUCUAGAUCAAGCCAGAUCUUCCAGGUGAUCAGCAGUGACUCGCACAAAGUACUUCCUCUACUGCUCUUAACAGAACAGGCAAACGAAUCCUUUGCCAUGCCCCAAGACCAGAGAGAUCAAGAGUGGACAACUAUCCUACUUUUCCUUGAACUCUACACUUUUGUACUGAAAGUCAUGGACGACGAUGAAUUCUUUUCUAGUACGUCCUCUUUCACCUCAUCUGAUAGUACCAAGGUUUCUUGGACGAGGGAAAGUGCUUUGCCCCUGAAAGAUGUCAGUGACAUGACAAUAUUCCUGAAAAACCUCGCCUUCACUCUUUACUGGAAUGCAGUGGAUCUAAGCGAGCCGGAGCUCCGGCCAACAGCUGUCAACCUCAGUACCUAUUUUAACAGCGUUUCGCAAAUACCCGGCUCUUCCGCUCCCGUACCUACUGCCGAUGAUCUUGAGUCUAAAGGACAGAAUAAUUAUCUACCCGGGGUUACUGGGAUCCCAUUGGAGUAUUUCAAGGGUCUUGUUACGGGAUUGCUUCGGAUGUUACAUGAAAGAGAUUCACGACGCAAUUUCCUUCCCCCAGAUCACUGGCUUAUGACCAGCCGGUUUGAUAUGGAAGGGUUCAUCCCCGCUGUUGUUGGUGAAGAGGAGAGGCGACAUGAGGUCCAGGCUCGGAUGGAAGACCCAGAUGAAGCUGACACGGUGGAUGAUGGGACGAACACGCCGUAUGGGCUCGCCGGGGCUGGUCAUGCCCAGCAAACUAUCCGACUGGAAUCUCUGCGGCGUCAUCAGCAACGAGUGGCUCGAGGUAGGGUCCUUGCGGCUAUCGCACCCCGACUUGAAAUCCUGCGAAAUAUGCCUUUCUUCAUUCCCUUUACCACCCGUGUUCAGAUUUUCCGCCAAUUUAUUUAUCACGACCAGCAUCGCCGCCGACACGGAUAUGUCGAGCCCGACUCGUGGCGUGCAUGGCAAAUGUCUAAUGGGCACCCAGCGUUUCAGGAGAUCCUGGCUCGUCAUCAGGCAGAGAUCCGGAGAGAGCAUGUAUUUGAUGAUGCGCUGUCCCAGUUCUACCAACUGGGCGAUGGUCUCAAGGAGCCGAUCCAAAUCAGCUUCAUUGAUAAGUUCGGGGCCAUGGAGGCGGGUAUUGAUGGUGGCGGAGUCACCAAAGAAUUCCUGACCAGCAUUACCACCGAGGCAUUCAAGACCGAGAGCGCCUUGGAUAUGUUUUCCGAAAAUGACGAGCACUUGCUGUACCCGAAUGCCACGGCCGUGGCGCAAUGUAUUGAGGAAUACAACGAGAAAUGCAGAAAGAGCGGAAUGCCUGUGUCGAGUUCCGAAAGCUCGGGACACGUCCGUGAAUUGCUCCGGCGGUAUGAGUUCCUUGGCCGAGUGAUUGGGAAGUGUCUGUAUGAAGGAAUUCUCAUCGAUGUGAACUUUGCGCCCUUUUUCUUGUUAAAGUGGGCUUUGACGGGGGGGUACCGGGACCUGGACCGAGGUCUGUACCAAGGACUGUUGCAAUUGAAGAACUAUACCGGAGACGUGGAGGACUUUUCGUUGGACUUUACCGUUACCGACACGAUUCCAAUGUCCAAUUCUCCGAAUCGGACAGUGACGAAGGAGUUGCGACACAAUGGCUCCAAGACUCCCGUGACCAACCAGAACCGUCUGGUGUACAUAUCCUACAUUGCUCGCUACCGUCUCCAAGUGCAACCUUCAAUGCAGACCAACGCCUUCUUACAAGGCCUGGGACAAAUUAUCCAGCCAGCCUGGUUAUCCAUGUUCAACCAAGCGGAGCUGCAGACGCUGGUGGGUGGCGAGACUGGUGAUAUCAACGUGGAGGAUCUGCGAAAGAACACACUGUAUGGUGGUGUCUACGUGAUUGGCGACGACAAUGAGGAACACCCUACGAUCAAGCUCUUCUGGAAGGUGAUGCAUGGGCUGAAUAACAAGGAACGGCAGCAGGUUGUGCGGUUUGUGACGUCGACUCCUCGUGCACCUCUGCUCGGGUUCAGUCACUUGCGUCCUUGUUUUAGUAUUCGGGACUCCACUGAUGAUGAGACGCGAUUGCCUAGUACUAGUACCUGUGUGAAUCUCUUGAAACUUCCGCGGUAUUCGACCGAGGAUGGGCUACGGAAGAAGCUGCUGUAUGCGGUGAGCUCGGGUGCUGGUUUCGAUUUGAGUUAG